CUCUACUGUGAGUCCGGUCGACGGAAGUGUAUAAUAAGCCGUAUUUCCGCCGCUCGUUGAGGUUGGUUGUCGAGCAAGCUUCCAGUCAACAUCGAUAUUACUAUAACCUUCAUCAAGUACAGUAACAAUGCGUUUCUCUGCUCUUUUCCUGACCAGCCUAGCUACUGUUGCCCUGGCGGCUCCCGUUGAGGUCCCAUCGGGGCUGUCCGAGCGCCAAUAUGCGAGGUCAGGCUUGUAUAUCGGAGCAGAUGAUGCUGUGAAGAGGUCCCAGUAUCGGCCAAAAUCCUUCAGACUCUCUGAGGGCGAAGAUGCCGUUGAGAAGCGCCAGUAUCCGGCGGUCGUCCAUUGGCCGAAUGGAGCAGAGGGUGGCGCUGUGAGGAAGUCGGAAGGAGAGGUUGCCGUUGUAGACAGAAAUUAACAUAGCUUGCCUACAGCGUCCGCGCCUCUCGGAAGGGGAAAGUAAUCCGAGUAACUGCUCGUUACCGAAGGGGUCUGAAGGGCAGGGAAAUGGGAUUUCGACCGAGAACCGGGUUUUCAGAUAAAACU